AUGGGGGAAAAACCAGUCAUGGAUUUGAGUCUCACCAGGCAGUCCCUUUCCAAAGCCAUUACUGCAUUUGCCCUGGAUCUUUACAAUACGUUGAAUUCCAAAACCCUUCGCAAAAAUGUUUUUUUCUCCCCUGCAAGUAUUUCAACGGCCCUCGGCAUGGUUUUAAUUGGCGCAAAUGGGAACAGCAAAAUUCAGAUCGAAAAGGAGGGGACAAUUUACUCAGAGUUCAAGCAACUACUACUUCAGCUGAAUAACCUCAGCCAUGGUUACCAGCUGAAACUGGCCAACAAUUUGUUCAUGCAGAAAGGAUAUCAAUUUCUUCAGCUGUACCUCACAAAUACUAAAGAAAUCUACAACGCCAUGGUGCAGAUCGUGGAUUUUUACCUCGCUACUGAAGAAACAAGAAAGACAAUUAACCUUGAAAUUUACAAACAGACCCAAGGAAACAUUAAGGACCUUUUUGCUCCAGGUGUGAUUGGACCACAAACGGUGUUGGUGCUGGCAAAUGCCAUUUACUUUAAAGCAACUUGGCUGCAUCAAUUUGAUCCGAAGUACACAACCGAAAGACACUUUAGGCUGAAUGAGAAAGAAACUAAACUUGUCCAUAUGAUGUAUCAGAGGGGGAGAUUUAAACUGGGACACACAGAUGGAAAAACUGCCCAGAUCCUCUGUCUACCAUACGUUGAUGAACUUUUGUCCAUGGUUAUAAUAUUACCAAAUGACAUCAGCCACCUGGAGCAGGUGGAGGCCGCCCUGACCUGUAAGAAUUUAGCAAGCUGGCUUUCUCCAGGAAACCUGAGGGAGCAUUCUGUGGAAAUAUAUAUCCCUCGCUUCAAGUUAGAAGCCUGCUAUGAUCUCAACCUGAUGCUGCAAGGCUUGGGCCUCAUUGAUGUAUUUAGUGAAGCAAAAGCAGACCUCUUGGGAAUGUCGCCUUCCCACCAACUCUUCUUGUCCACGGUUGUCCACAAAGCUCAUGUAGACAUCAACGAAGUAGGGACGGAAGCAGCAGCCGCAACAGGUGUGGCGGUCUCUAACAGGAGCUUAGAACAUCACGAGUUAUUUGUGGCUGAUCAUCCCUUCCUCUUCUGCAUUCUGCACAAUCCUACAGGGACGGUGCUUUUCCUUGGGAAACUUUGCCGUCCUUGA